AUGAGAGUUCACACUGGAGAGAAGCCGUUCCCAUGUGAUCAGUGUGGGAAGAGUUUCACACAAUCAACAAACCUUAGAGUACACAUGAGAAUUCACACAGGAGAGAAGCCGUACUCAUGUGAUAUAUGUGAAAAGCACUUCACACACAAAAAUACUCUUGUGUUUCACAUGAGGAUCCACACCGGAGUGAAGCCGUUCAUGUGCGAUCAGUGUGAAAAGAGAUUUUCAAACAAAAACAGUCUUGCGUGUCACAUGAGAGUUCACACUGGAGAGAAGCCAUUCACGUGUGAUCAGUGUGGGAAGAGCUUCACGCAAUUAGCACACCUUAAUGGACACAUGAGAGUUCACACCGGAGAAAAGCCACACGCGUGUGAUCAGUGUGGGAAGAGUUUUACAAACAAACACAGUCUUACUGCUCACAUGAGGAUUCACACCGGAGAGAAGCCAUUCAAGUGUGAUCAGUGCGGCAAAACAUUUCAUUGGUCAUCAGGUCUAAAGACACAUCCGGUAGUUCAUACAAAGGGGAAGCCACAUUCCUGUUCUGAAUGUGGAAAGAGUUUUUCACUGCUGCAGAGUUUGCAUGUACAUCAGAAAAUUCAUACUGAUGUGAGAGAGUACUUGUGCUUUGAGUGUGGGAAGACUUUUACUACAGCGAGACAGUUAAAACUGCACCAGAGGAUUCACACCGGAGAAAAACCUUACAAGUGUUCACACUGUGACAAGACAUUCAGUCAGUUAGGAAAUCUGAAAACACAUGAGAAGAUCCACAGCAGAGAGAAGCCGCAUACCACAUUUGAUCAGUGCGGAAAGAGUUUCUCUUUUAAAAGUCACCUGAAGCUACACCUGAAGAUCCAUGCAGUGGAGUAA